GCGGCGCUUUUGGCGAUAGUAGAAGGUGUUCUACAGCGGAAAGAAACCCAGGCAGACACCUUCACGCACUGAAGACAGAGGUUUGUGGCGCAGUUGGCGUGGCGGUGGGGACCCGAUCUCUUAAAACCAUGCUGGAUUGACUGCAGAGAGGCAACCCUCAAUCAAUGGCUUAGCUUUGAAAUCGUUUUAAAUUUAUUGGAAAGGAGUGUGAGAUAGAGCGACGGCGAGAGAGGAGGGGGAGAAGCGAGGGGAGAGAGAGCGAGAGAGUGGCGAGAGGGGAGGAAAUAAAGAUCCUUUCAACGAUGGAGCUUACAAUGGAAAACAUUGGAAAUCUGCACGGCGUGCCCCAUUCCCAUCAAGCGAACGACUUAAUGAACUCCCCGCACGCGCGCCAGUCGUCUCAUCGGAACUUGGUGCACGGACGGUCGGCCAUGGUGUCCAGCAUGGCCUCGAUAUUGGAGGGAGCGGGGGACUACCGCACAGACCACGCUUUGUCCGGGCCCCUGCAUCCGGCAAUGACCAUGUCGUGCGACUCCGGGAUGAGCCUGAGCAGCACCUACACCACGCUGACGCCGCUGCAGCACCUGCCCCCCAUAUCCACCGUCUCGGAGAAAUUUCACCACCCACACCCGCACGCUCACCAUCACCCGGCGCACCAGCGACUCGCGGCCGGGAACGUCAGCGGCAGCUUCACCCUGAUGAGGGACGACCGGAGCCUCGCCUCCAUGAGCAACCUCUACGGCCACUACCCAAAAGACAUGUCCGGCAUGGGGCAGUCUCUGUCCCCGCUGUCCAACGGCCUCGGGUCUUUGCACGGCUCCCAGCAGACUCUCGGCGCCUACGGUCCCGGAGCGCACCUCUCCAACGACAAGAUGAUAUCCUCGGGGGGGUUCGAGUCCCACGCUGCCAUGCUGUCCCGGGACCAGGAGCAUCUGGCCCGGGGACUCGGGGGACACGGGGCCGGGCUCAUGACAUCCUUGAACGGCAUACACCAUCACAACCAUCCGCACUCUCAGGCAAACGGGUCCAUGAUGUCAGAUCGGGACAGGCAGACGGUGGUGGGAGGCGGGCAGGGAGGCGGGUCGGGGCAGGUGGAGGAGAUAAACACCAAGGAGGUGGCACAGCGAAUAACGGCGGAGCUCAAGCGCUACAGCAUCCCGCAGGCCAUCUUUGCUCAGAGGAUCUUGUGCCGGUCCCAGGGAACUCUGUCUGACCUUCUGCGGAACCCUAAACCGUGGAGUAAACUCAAGUCUGGCCGGGAGACGUUCAGGAGGAUGUGGAAGUGGCUCCAGGAGCCCGAGUUCCAGCGGAUGUCGGCGCUCCGGCUUGCAGCCUGCAAGCGCAAAGAACAGGAGCAACACAAGGACCGCAACACGGCGCCCAAGAAACAGCGCCUGGUCUUCACCGACCUGCAGCGCCGCACUCUCAUCGCCAUCUUCAAGGAGAACAAGCGCCCAUCCAAGGAAAUGCAGAUCACCAUCUCCCAGCAGCUCGGCUUGGAGCUCAGCACCGUCAGCAACUUCUUUAUGAACGCGCGGCGCCGCUGCGUGGACCGCUGGCACGACGACCACGGCGCCAGCCCCGGGCAGCCGGGCACGUCGGCCACCACUUUCUCCAAGGCCUGAG